AUGCCUGAUUUACAGCGUACAGCUAACGGGACCGCGGGACCGCAUCAUGACGAGAAAGCCAGGUUAGCACUCUUCGCGACAUGGCAAGUCAAAGAUCAAACUACCGCUCAAUAUUUCGGAGUAGCUAUGGCCGGACUGGUCAUUGCCUUCACUUUAUGCCACURGCUACAGCUGCUCUUCGACAAGCGCAUCUCGAAAUUGAGCACCUUGAGCCGACACGCGAGGGCAGUACAAGAUGCGUUCCAAAAGGCCAAUAGAGCGAUGGUAUUCGGAGGCGUCAUGUUCCGGCCUGAUAGAGCUAUUGGCACGACUCUCUACUGCGGCAUCAAUGCUACCCUCGCAUUCUACGACCAUCCUGAAAGAGUCGGCCUCACCAUCAUCGCUAAGCGAUUCGGUUGGCUAUCACUCUGCAAUCUCUGCCUGACCAUGUUCCUCGCUCUCAAGAACACCCCACUGUCUUUCUUGGUUGGACGAAGCUUCGAUCGGCUGAACGCAAUGCAUCGCUGUUGUGGCUUCCUGACAAUUCUAUUCGCGACGCUGCACUCGACGUACGUCGAAGUUUGCGUGUCCAACGGACAAUGCUCACCCGUUAAUAGGACAUAUGUCUAUGGCCUAUCGACUUUCGGGGUGAUGGAACAGGUGCUGACUGAACCGCAGCAGUACGCUGGGGCGGUCGCAUGCUUGAGUAUGCUUCUGAUCCUUGCUACGGCGAUAGGAUUCUUUAGGAGAAGGCAGUACGAGGUGUUUUAUGCUAUCCAUGUGAUUAUGGCUGCGGUCGUGCUGGUUGCAGUGGGUCUACACCGUCCUGAUAUCACGAAGAAGGCGCUUAUUAUUACUGUUGUAUCUGCGAGCAUGUGGUCCGUGGACAAUGUAGUGCGGCUCUCGCGGUACAUCUACCACGGAGCUGGCAACCAUUGCACGUUGAUGCCUCUUGCAGAGAACGCGGUUAGGGUCACUAUGCACCGCCAAAUAACGGCUCAGCUAGGGUCAAUGGUAUUUCUAUGGAUUCCUGGAGUCCGAAAGUUUCAGCGACAUCCUUUUACGUUGAUAUCCACACAGCCCGCCACGUUCGUGAUACAAGCCCAGGAUGGCUUCACGAAGGCAUUGCAUCUCGCUGCAUGCCGCGAUCCGGGAGUCAAAUUUCGCGGAGCGAUCGAAGGUCCAUACUGYGUUAUCCCAGACACUCGAGUCUAUGAUAAACUGGUGCUUGUUGCCGGAGGUACUGGAGCCACCUUUACAGUCGCCAUGGCGCUGGACUGGAGUCGCAGAUACCGUGCGCCAGAACAGCGGAGCACCCUGGACUUCAUCUGGAUGGUACGGGACAAAGCCUGUCUGGAGUGGUUGGAUAUCGAACUUUCGGAGCUGAGGGCCUGUCCGGGAAUCAACAUCAGUCUGUACGUCUCGGGCAAAGGCCUGCGCUCGGAUCGCGAAACUGAGAAAACGAGGAUUGUCGACCUUUCAAAGGAGCGGAAUAAUUCUUCUGGCUUGAUACAGCUUUCGACUUGGCCGGGCGAUGAUCAUGAAAAGUUGAUGUACAAACCCUCGUCGAGGCUACCCGCGCCUGCGUUGGAGUCUUUGGAGAGGAGCUUCACGACCGGCAGGCCUGAUCUUGGCAGCGUCAUGCGACACGCAGUCGGCGCAUUGGACACAUGUGACAGAGUGUUGGUAAUAGGUUGUGGAUCUGGUGCUCUCCUGGAUCAUGUUCGCCAAGCGGUGGAUAGAUGCAGGAUCCCUAGCGCUCCCAGCAUCAAAGUCCACCUCGAGCAAUUCUCUUUCUGA